AUGGACUGGGCCGUGCUGCUGGCUAUGGCCGCGCUCCUGGCGCCCGCCGCCGCCUGGGCGCCCUCCGCCGAAGAGGAGCUGCAGUUCAAGGCCUGGAUGCUGCAGCACAACCGGCGGUACGGCCCGGGCGAGUACCCGCGCAGGCUGCGCGUCUUCCUCGGCAACAAGAGGCGGAUCGACGAGCACAACGCCGGCAACCACAGCUUCCAGAUGAGUCUGAACCAGUUUUCAGAUCUGACCUUCGCCGAAUUUAAAAAACUGUACCUGUGGAGCGAGCCCCAGAACUGCUCAGCCACGAAGGGGAACUUCCUGCGCAGCUCCGGGCUGUAUCCCGACUCCAUUGACUGGAGGAAGAAGGGAAAUUACGUGACGCCCGUUAAAAACCAGGGUCCCUGCGGGAGCUGCUGGACCUUUUCCACCACGGGGUGCUUGGAGUCUGCUAUUGCGAUUGCAACAGGAAAGCUCCUGUCUCUGGCGGAACAACAGUUAGUUGAUUGUGCUCAGGCUUUUAACAACCAUGGCUGCAGCGGGGGCCUGCCAAGCCAAGCCUUCGAAUACAUAUUGUAUAACAAAGGGCUUAUGGGGGAGGACGCCUACCCGUAUCGGGCCGAGAAUGGCACCUGCAAGUUCCAGCCAGAGAAGGCUAUUGCGUUUGUCAAGGAUGUUAUCAAUAUCACGCAGUAUGACGAAGAUGGCAUGGUAGAAGCUGUGGGGAAGCACAACCCAGUGAGCUUUGCGUUUGAGGUGACGGGUAACUUCAUGCACUACAGAAAAGGAGUCUAUUCCAACCCACGAUGCGAGCACACUCCUGACAAGGUGAACCAUGCUGUCCUCGCUGUGGGGUAUGGAGAAGAAAACGGAACUCCUUACUGGAUUGUGAAGAACUCCUGGGGCCCGCUGUGGGGCAUGGAUGGGUACUUCCUUAUUGAACGUGGCAAGAAUAUGUGUGGUCUCGCUGCUUGUGCGUCUUACCCAGUUCCUCAGGUGUAAGAGGAGAGUGCAGGCUGGGGAAAGCAGGCACAGGAAGAGGAGUGACUGAUUGUAUACGAAUUUCUGAAUGCUAAAAUCAGGAAUGUGAGAACAAGAUGAAAUACCAGUCUGCUGAAAGUCAUUACCUGCAGGCAGAUUCCUCGGCUUGCACCCAGCUUCUUGCAGUGGGAAGACCCCCGCCUCCUCUCCCCAGCCAAAGGCAAGCGUGCUCCCGCGCCGAGCGCCAGA